AUGAGUCCCUUGCAGAAAGUGGCCCUGCUCGGCAGAGGCAAGCUGGGCACCGUCCUCCUGACCGAACUCCUCAACGCCAACUACCCCGUAACAGUCCUCAGCCGCACCACCACCCCAGCGACCUCUCUCCCCCCCGGCGCAACCCUGCACCAAGUAGACUACACCUCAUUCGAAGACCUCAAAACCGCACUCACAGGCCACGACACCAUAAUCUCAACCCUCGCCUACAGCGCCAUGCCGCUCCAAAAACCCAUCAUCGACGCCGCAAUCGCCGUCGGCGCAAAGCGCUUCAUCCCAGCCGAGUACGGCGCCAUGGAAAUCGACCCGCGGAUAACGUACUACAAAGAGCCGCUGGAGAUCCGCGCGUACCUAGCGGAGAAGGCGGAGCGUAACGAGAUCGAGUAUGCGAUUUUCCACGCGGGCGUGUGGAUGGAGGUUAUAUUCAGCACGCCGCUGAUUGUGGACUUUGAGCAUCGCGGCGUGAGGGUGUUUGAUGGCGGCGUUCAUGGGUUUAGUGUUAGUCGGGUGCGGACGCUUGCGAGGGCGAUUGUUGCGUCUUUGGAGAAACGUGAGGAGACGAGGAAUCGGGUUGUUAGGGUUCAUGAUGCGGUGCUGACGCAGCGGGGGGUUUUGGAGAUGGCGAAGAAGUGUACGCCCGGUGAGGAGUGGGUGGAGAUUAGCGUUGAUGCGCGGAAGGAGGUUGAGGAGCUUAUUGAGAAGACCGGGGAGAGGGUUGAUGAUCUGCUUUGGCCGGGGUUGUUUGCGGCGGUGUUGAUGAGUGGGGGGUUUGGGGCACAGUAUCGGGAUGUUGAUAAUGAGCUGUUGGGGAUAGAGAUGAUGAGUGAGGAGGAGAUUGAGGAGUUUUCUAGUGGGUGGAAAAGUUAA